UGUUGUGAUAUGGCGAUCUUGCAUAAAGGCCGUAUUAAAUCUGCAAAACCAACGAGUUAUUAGGGAUCUGCUGUACAUAAACCGAUACUGGGAGGAUGAAAAAAAAAUUCGAAAAACCUUAAAAGUUCUGAAUCCAGUUAAUUUGGAAUUUGAGCAAAAUGGAACUCACUGUUGACCCGCUCUGUGAACCAGCUAUUUCUGAAGCAAACCUUGAGCACCUUUCACUUUCAGACAAUCUGUCUUCUGUGGAAGCACCAUUAGAUGGUAUUGAACAUGGAAUAGAGGCUACAGAUCGGAACGGUGGCCUUGAGUUAAAACUGGACCUCUAUGUCCCAAUACCACCAAUCAUAGAGCCGAUAACUCCUGUAGAGGAAACAGUGGAGCAUUGUGUUCUUCCUGUGGCAACACAAGAGGACGACACACAACCUGAAGCCACAAAAGGGAAAACAGAUGCCAAUGCUAAACAUUUUCAGUGUGAAAAUCAGCCAAGUCUGGUUGAAUCGAGCUCAGAUACUGUGACAGAAGCACAAUGUGAACAAGCAUCCAAUGAAACGGCCUCUUCAGACUGUAAGGCUGCAACUUGUGAACCAGAAGAGGCUGUAAGCUCCAAAGAAACACCAGAAACACGUGACAACAUUAAAGCAUCAUCUCGAAGUAAAGUGUACAAUACAGAGAGAAAAACCAUCCCUCCAAAGAAGGACAAAUUUAACCCUCUGAGAAUUGACAUGGCCAAAGUAAUACCUCUCACCUCAUCCCAGCUUUCACUACAGUGCAUGGAGUGUCACAUCAUCUUCAGUGACGCUAAAAGCAGAGAUCGCCACAUUAAAUCGAGUCACCCUGCAGAGUAUCAUAAGAAUAUGCUGGGAGAUGCUGUCUUUACGUGCUAUGUAUGUGAUCAGUCUUUCACUUGCUCCACAGAGCUCAUGGCCCAUCAGCGCACACACACAGAUACUGGGCGGUUCAAGUGCCCUUUCUGUAGUGAGGCCUUUUACACAUCCUCCGAGCUAACAAGCCACAAAAGAAGAUGCACUACAACAAGCAUGGAUAUUCUUGCACAGAGUGCAGCAAGCCUUUUAAAACAUUUACUUUGCUCAGAUACCACCAGCGGGUACACACAGCAGAAAAGCCUUAUGUUUGCCCACGCGAAGCCUGUGAUAAAAUAUUUUCUACGUCUAAAUCUCUUCGGAACCAUUUACAAAAACAUCAAAAAGAAGAGGGCAAGGGUGACCAGACAAAUGCUUCAACCACCAUUAAGAAAAAGAAGACUAAAGAAACAAAUGAACGGAAAUUUCCAUGCCCGCACUGUGAUGCAGUUUUCAAGGCCUCUAAAGCUCGGCUUCUUCACAUCAAAAAUAAACACUCUCAGAAGUCGCAAAAUAGCACUGUUUUGGUGCCCCAGCCCAAAGCACCUGGACCUACUCUGGUGCACACAGCAAAUGGACAACCGCCGACUCUGUUUGUGGAAACUGUAGGACCAGCAUCACAUCCAAUGACUGCAAAUAAGCUGGAUGCUGUGCAAAUUAAAAGACUAAUUGAGAAACUUGGAAAUGUACAAAAGGUAAAUCAGUUGGUUAUAUUGCCUUUACAGCCACAACGUUUUGGUUUACCUCAUCCUCAACCAUUACAUGUGAAUUUUACUCAGCAAACACAAUGUGAACAACCCAACACAGACCCAUCAAAUGCUGAUCAAAUUAACCUCCCAAAUUUGCAACCAAAGGAAGCUGCUGUUCUGUCCCAAGAGGAAAAAUCAUUUUCCUCAGAAAAUUCUGGGAUCAAAGUUACACCUGUUGAACUAAGCCAAACUGAGCCACAAAUGCAAAUGGAAGAAAUUCACCUUGAACUCAUACCGAUACAGACCGAACCUUCUGUUUUGCUUGAUCAAACGCCUUUACAGGUUGAGGCAUCUCAAAAUAAUUCUGUUCAUGAGCUGCCACAUACAAUAGAGGAAAAUAUAACAGUCACACAAGUUAAUGAAACUUUGGAAACAAAUGAAGAACCACAUUUAAUCCCUCAACCUGAAAUGGAAAAGUCUAAUCAUGUGGAGGGAAUUGCAGCUUUGGAAAGAAACAAUGACCCACCUUUAAUUCUUCAACCUGAGACCUCAAAGUCUUGUCUUGUGAAAGGCAUUGCGUCUUUGGAAACAAAUGAUGAAGUACUUUUAUUUUCUCAGGCUAAAACUAAAACAAAGCCUAAUCAUGUAGAAGGCAUUGCAGCUUUUGAAAUAAACAAAGAACCACCUCAAAUUUCUCAGUCUGAAGUGGCAAAGUCUCAUGUAGAGGAGGGCAUUGUGCAAGUUUUCACAGUAGCUUCUGAGGAAAUUGUUUCCAAAACAGAAAUAGCUCGUCCCACGCAAGAUUCAACAGACAUUUCAAUAGGAUCACACUUAGAGGUGAUAAUUAAACAAGACGAUAUUAACAAAUUAAGCAAGCCUCAAGAACUUCUGCGAAUCCAAGCUCAAAAGGAGUUUGAGUCAGAACAAGAACCAUGCAUAGAAGGGCCACAACCACAGCCUGAUUCCCUUAAUAGUGUGCAGAAUGGCACAAUAGUAAACCAACAAAGCUCUGUGCCAACACCAAACCAGACUCAAGCUGGGUUACAAGAUAGCACUUUUGUUCAGAAGAAACUUCCAACAAAGAAGAAAAGAUCCAAGAAACAAUUGGGGGAUGAACUAGAGAAUAAGGAACCGAGUAAAGAAAGUGACAAUAUGGCAACAUCAUCCAAGAAAGUCAAAACUUCAUCAAAAGUCAAUCCUAAGAAAAAAGAAAAUGCAAAAAACAAAAAGCUUGUUGUAAGGUUUGGACCAAGUGAGAAGAAAAAAUCCUCUAAACCGAAGGUGAUUAAAACAUCUAAAACAAAACAAAAUCAGAACCAGCAAAUUUGUGAUCAAGGUCAAGUGCCUGCUUUGUCUCAGAAUGACAGUAAAUUGGAUUCUAACCAAAAAUUGCAAAAAGAUAAAAAAGGAAAGGGGGUUGAAUCUCCUUCAGGAGCAACAGUGAAGUCGGUGGGUCAAAUUAAUAAUGCAACUGACAGUGUUUUGGUGGCACCAGAAGCAGCACAACAAGGGAAACCUCAAAAGAGAAAAUUGAAGAAUCCAACCAAUUUGGUCAAAAAGGCAAAGUCCGUGCCAGAGGCUCAACAAGAUAAACCAGCAGUGCAUGUGCCAAAGAAAAAGAAACAAGCUAAAAUUUCUGAAGACGUCGGUGCUAAAAAACCCAAGGUUAGAAAGACCCAAAAUGAUCAUUUUCAGAAAAAAACACAAAAAAUACCAAAGCAUAAGGUAAAACAGGCAAAAUCUAGUCCUGGUGUUGCAGAUCAGGCUCACUUAGAGAAACAAGCUUUGCUCUUGUUAAAAGGCCACAAGCAACCUCAGUUGAAGGUACACAAGUUAGAUGCCACUGAACUUGAGAAAUCACCCCCAAGCAAGAAUGAUAACAAAGUACUGCAAAAAAACAAAAAUGCAAAGAGUAAAUCCUUAAAUGCAGCACACCAAAAGAAAAAAAUGGCAGGUGGAAACAAAUUGUUGGAGCGUCAGGGAGAGUGCUUGUCUUUGGAAAUGCCCCUUGUUGAGAAUAGUCCAGAUUCUGUGCCUACAAAGCCCAAAAUUGUACGGAAACGCAAAGCUCCUAUAAAGAUGGACCAGGAAAUAGCUUUGAGCCCUCCAUAUUCUCAACUUACUCUUGGGUGCCAAGAUUGUGGAAAGACUUUUUCAGAGGUGUCGGCUUUGCAGCAACACAUGGCAUCCUGGCACUCUGCUGGAAAGUUGGCCUUUUCAGAUGAAAUGAGUGUUGCUAAAAAACGUGUCAUUCAAACGAGCCCUAAUGAGAAACGUAUGCUAUCUAAUGUCUUUGAAAUUCAGGUUGCAACAGACUGGGAUAUAGAGACUGAAGUGGGUGAGAUUGUGGGUGAAAGACUGUCGUUCCCAGCAUUAAGUCCAUCUCCAUCUUUGACACUUGCUUCAAAUUGUGCUGAUGGAAAGGAACAAGAAGGAGACAAAGGCGCUGAAGGAAUUGCUCUUGGGUUUGAGGAACAUGCAGAGAAAAAUUCUUCUGAAGUGUUUGAGAUCUCAAAGUCAUCAACCCCAGCAUUAGUCAAAAGCAUCGUGCCCCGGGAGAUCACUGAAGAUGCUGUUGAGAGUGUCUCCGUAAAAGAGCAAAGCAAUGAGUUCAGUCCUAUCACAGAAAUGUCUUGCGACAAAAUCAAAGAUGCAGCGGAGGAAGAAAUUAAAGAAGAACUGCCCUUAGGGGUGAGUUUAAUCAUGGUUGGAGACCAAAAUGCAGAAGAGAACCACAACACUGUCUCUCAAGAGCCUGAAAAUGAAGGGAGCAAUCCAUGUUCCCAGUCUCAAGAGCCUGCAAAAGAUGCAGAGACCGUUUUGAAUCAGAAUGUACUUACUGAGCCAGAGAUUAAGCAAGAAGAGGAGGAGGUCCUUGUCCGCGGAGCUGAUGAUCAUAAAAGAGUGAUUGGAGGGAAUUUUGUAAAGAAAGGUAAGAAAGGGGUUGGAAGAGCCCGGGGCAAGAAAUCAGUUGGAAAAAAAACUAGCACAGAAAACAGAAGUAAAAAGGACAUAGAAGGAAAUAAGGAGCCAGAGGAAUGCCAAGUUCUGUAUCACCUCUGUAUAGUUGACAGUCCAGAAAAAAAGAAUAACGAAACGGACAAGAAUGGAGUUAAUGCCUCUGAAACUCCUCAAGCAUCAACUUCUGAGGAGGCUCCUGAGGAGCAAGUGGUUUUUGAAUUGGACUCUGUUACCACAAGUGUAAUGGAUAUUGUCAAUUUUGAAAAAGGAUCAUUUGAGACAUCUAGAGAGCUGGUCAGAGAAGGCAACUCUCCUGGAAUCAUACUGGAAAAAUUCUUGACCGCUCGUGAGAGAAAUAUGGAGACCCCAAACAUCCAAAGUCCAGUUAGACAGGCAAACUCCAAGAUGGAUACCAGUAAAGUGAUUUCAACCGGCACCUCUUCUGAUGUGAAAAUGGAAGAGCGUUCUACAAAUCUGGUUCAGCACAACCUGACUUCUUCUGAGGGUGGUUCAUUACGUGGAGUACAAAUGUUUUUGGUGAAAGCAGAAGACCACGUGUCUGCAACUGAGAUAUUCCAGACACUCCAGCCAGCACCACCUCAACGGGUUGCAUGUCCAGAUAAGGCUGCUGAUAAGACUGUGGUGCCCAUUCAGAAUUACAGCAAACAAUGUAUAUUUUAUCCCGUUAAAGAGGAAGAGAGGGAACUUUUAGUGGAGUCUCCUCCUGCAGCUCAAACAAGCUUGGUUUCUAGAGAGCACACAGGGGCUUCAUCUGGACUUGAAGAAUGUGAGGAAAUCAGAGUGGAUUCAGUACAAAUGGACAUGCAGCAAUUGUACACAAACUCUGAAGAGGGUGAUGUUAUUUCUGAACAGCAGAGGACUCAAGGGUUUUUAGAGUUUCUUUCUGAGAAUACGGAUGCAGUUGAUGCAGGUAAUAUCCAUUCUGAACCAGAAGCUGAAACUAUCGUCCUCUCCUGUUACCAUGGAAUACAGAGUAAUGGGACAGUACAUCAUAACGGCACAGAAAGAAGUGAUCCAAGUGGUAGAGCAAAUGUUGGUGCUUCUCCAGUGAGCCACAGAGAACCAGAGAGGCAGCUAUGGACGCCCAUUAACUACUUCAAUAAGUAUUUUAAUUCGGACACGUGGAAGGAAAUUGCUGUUUGUACAAGUGAAGCCUCAACUCUGCCAAACCCUGUUACAGAAAAAGAGGUUGCAAAAUAUGUGGGAAUACAUAUUGCAAUGGGAACACUGAAGUUUCCAAGCACUAAGCUCUACUGGGAAGAUUACACACGAGUACCUCUGAUCUCCGAUGCCAUGUCGGCUUCCAGAUUCUGUGAACUUGCUUGUAAACUGAAGCUGGUUGUUUCUGAUACAUCUUCCACGGAGUUGAGUAUUGAUCAGCAUUCUGAAGAAAGUAACAGAGAGCAACCAGGACAGAGUAGCAAGGCAGCACAUGGUUGCACAAACUCAAAGACAGAUCCUUUGUGGAAGGUAAUGCCAUUGAUUAGAAGAGUUCAAGAUGGAUGCCAGGCACUUGACCGAAAUGGAAGCUACGGGGUCGACCAGUACACCCUUCCUUUUCAAAGACACCCUACGCAUUCAUUACUGCACACAGUUGUCGUAAGUGGUGGAGGGUUAGUUUUGGACUUCAGCUUGAGCAUAAAUGACUCCAAUAGAGAAAACGUAGUUGAAAAAAUGGUCUCUAAAGGGAAGGAAAGGAACGAAGGGAUGGUGUUUCUUUGCAAACCAGAGCUUUCCACACCUUCUAUGCUUGAGCAUCUUUUAGAAGCGGGUGUGCAAAGUGCUGGGAAGGUCGGCGGGGCAAGAGGGCAAAUAGGUGAUGAGUUUGUGAGCUCAGACGGAAAGCUCAAACUUUUCAGAUGUCACCAUGGGUUUAUCCUUUCAGCUGUGGUAAAGGAAAAGCCGCGCUCCACAUCUCUCGUCAGCGGCUUUGAGCGAGCGAUUAAAGCUGCGAAUCUCAACCGUGAUUUAAGAAGUCUUUAUCGUACUCCUUGCACAAACUCGGCCAUCAGCGCUUGGCCACAGUCUGUCCUCUGGGACUUGAUCGAUCUGGUGUUGGUAAACGCAUGGAUACAGUAUAAGCAAGAUCACAGCGAUAUUACCGAUCUUUUAUCUCUCAUGUCGUUUCGUUUGGAGGUGGCCAAAGCGCUGAUUCUCUCCAGUGGUGUUGACGCACAAGACUCAUCGCCUCCCUGCCCUCCUGCUCCCAAAAUUCCCAGUUCGGAUACAAACGCUCGACCUUCUCAGGUUCUUGACAGCCCUUUGCCUGAUGAACACACACGGUACGAUGGCUUCGGCCACUGGCCAGAGCAGCUGGCUGAGGGCGAGGAGGCAAGGAGGUGUCGAUUUGGAGGCUGUGAGAGAACAUCUCGUGUGCGGUGUCUUAAAUGCUGUGUGUACCUGUGCAUUUCCCGAAACCACAAUUGCUUCCUGAAGUUUCACAGUCAGGGGUCUUCAUGAGGCUCACAAGCUGUGUUCUUUUCAAUUUAAAGGGGCAGUUCACCCAAAAAUCUAAAAACUGUCAUCAAUUACUAACUCUUUUUUUGUUGUUUGAUUGUUUAUUUAUUUAUUUGUUUAUUUGUUUUGUUGAACACAAAAUAAUGUUGUUAACCAAUUACCAUUGACUUGAGGGGGAGUAAAUUUAGAUUUUUUGGUGAACUAUUACUUUAACAUUUUUACUAAUUGUAUUAAAUAAUACAGAUAAGCAAGUUUAUUUGUUUUUUUUCAGCAAAAACUCAAGCCAUCCUCCCAUAUUUAUUAUAGUUGUGUGAAAAUGACUCUGUUAAACCCAUUUGAAUGUAUAAUGAAUAUUACACUGUGCUCUAUGGUUUUGUUCUAACCAGAAGUUGUAUUUAAUUGGGUUUUGCAUCUUGCAAACAGUCUUUAAUUCUAUUCAGCAUUUAAUUUAAUGCUUUAAUUCAGCAUUCUAUUUCCUAAAAUGGAAAGGUUUAAAAUGAAUGAAGCACAUCACAUGACAGGGGGAAAAUAUGUAUAUCUUGACCACUAAUUAACUAAUUUGUUUCCAUAACUAUUUAUUUAAAUCUAAUUGUCUUAAUUUGUUAUCUAAAACGUUCCUUUUAGUUGACAAAAUUAAAUUUAGUAGGGUUCUAAUAAAUUAUACAUUUAAUUAUAUUCCACUAAUUCAUUUUAAGUAUUCUGUGUGCAUGAAAUAAUUUUGGCUAUGUCAUAAUUUGUUGCCUUGUAUUUAAAUUAAAACAAGGUAACAAAUUAAUUCAGUAUGGCCACUAUUUGCUAAAACAGGGUAUUAAAUAUAAAAAUUUGGGAAUUCUUAUUUCAUGAUGACAAAUUAAAAGUAGCGAACAAAUUGAUAAAAAUGAGAAUAAAUUCUUGAUUUGUGGUCACUAUAAAUACGUAAUAUAUUUUAAAUCAUGUCAUACAGAGUUUUGUAAGAAUGUUACAUUUCAUUUUGUGGCUUUUUUGAAUUGUUCUUGUACA